GGACCGAGACGUGAGAGUGGCUCGCAGUCAGAGAAGCAGCAGCGAGCGGCUGGCAGUGGCAGCCUCACUGGACCUUCACGCUGUCAGUUAGCACCGCGGCAUUCAUACGAGCUUUCACGAUAAACGUUGCCCGGUUUGGCCCAGCGGCCUCCCGACAAAUCGCGUCUUCAUUCAGCGCACCGGUCCGGUCAGAACCCUCGCGCGCUUCAACCCCGCUCUGCGUGCAGUGUUUCCCGGCUCAAAGUCGCUCAAUACUUCCAGGCUGCCCCGCUGAGCAGCUGCCAGUGAUAGUGCAUCCUCAUGCUCCGGGCUAGCAGAGGAGCACAAGGACAGACCCUCGGAGCGUGAGCACCGGUUUCCGCGUGGACGGCCAGGGGAGGGGGGGAGUCAAGUGACCCCCGGAGAGAGCGACGGGACUCGGCGACGCAAGGCAAGCCGCGCUGCGAGGAAGUCGACCGGAUCAAGUAGAGGGGGUCGCCUCCGACUCCUGGCGUUAUCCCCUGCUAGCUAGCCUUAGCUAAGCUAGCUCCAAACAGCACCAUGGACUGGUUAAUGGGGAAGUCAAAGACAAAACCAAAUGGAAAGAAGCCUCCAGCAGAAGAGAAGAAGCAAUACCUAGAGCCAGAGUUCACGAAGAUCCGAGUGGUGGAUUUUGACCUAAAGGAGCUGGUGGUUCUGCCCCGAGAAAUAGACCUCCACGAAUGGCUCGCCAGCAACACAACUACAUUCUUCAAUCUUAUCAACUUGCAGUACAGCACCAUCUCAGAGUUCUGCACCGGGGACAGCUGUCAAGCCAUGACAGCAUGCAACACAACAUACUACUGGCAGGAUGAAAAGGGGAAGAAGACAAAGUGCACUGCGCCACAAUAUGUUGACCUUGUUAUGAGUCUUUGUCAGAAACUGGUCACAGAUGAGGAAGUCUUUCCUACAAAAUAUGGCAAAGAAUUCCCCAACUCCUUCGACAUGUUGGUGAAGAAGAUCUGCCGGUACCUGUUCCACGUGCUGGCUCACCUCUACUGGGCGCACUUUAAAGAGACGGUGGCGCUGGAGCUCCAGGGCCAUUUGAACACUCUCUAUGCACAUUUCAUCGUUUUCGUAAGGGAAUUCAACCUAGUCGAUCCCAAGGAGACCUGUAUCAUGGACGACCUGUCCGAAAUCCUGUGCGCCCCCGCCCCUCCGCCGCCCUCGAACGCGCCGGCCCCCUCCUCACCGACCUCGUCUCCCUCCCCGUCCUCACAUAACCACGUGACGGAGAGAUGAGCGGAGGCGCAGGCGAAAUGCCGGCCCGGGGGCGACAGAGGAUAGGACAGGAGAGAAGGAAAGACGGCCUGGCUGCCUGCCGUGGUGUGCCAGCGGGACUUGACAGAUCUUCUACUACACUUGCGUAUUUCGCUGCAACACCAACCAACCAGUCGAAAGGACAAGGGGAAGGGGAGAGGGGGGGCUUUGGGGGGCUGGGUGGUAGCCAGGGGUUUGUAACGCCAGCAGGAAUUGGCGAUAACAUUUCUCCCAGGGAUUAAAAGAAAAAACACCAUCCCUCUCAUCUUCUCUAGGACAAAAAAAAACACAGCUGUGUUUCAUGUUUGGGUUCACGUCACUUUUACUUUUGUUGAGUUAUUUUGUUCGAAUUUGGUUGUUGUUUGGUUGGGUUGAACGUGUGUGUGUGUGUUUAUGUAGGGGGUCUUGCAAGUGUGGUGAUUGGCCCUCCUGUCUAUCCUCUCGCUAGCACACUGUGUACACGAGGGGGGGUUGACUUUGCUCAGACCUGCUCUUGCCCGGUGUAUGUGUCGGGCGGACAAGAGGCAUCUCUGCUGGCCUCCGACAACACGAAGCACCACGCUGGCUAAUCUUAGGCAGUCCCGAUAUGGGUUGUUCAUGUGGGGCUUAGUUAAAUGCAACUCCUACUCAGGACCUGAGAGAGUAUGUCACUGCUGCCAGAGAGGCUUUUCUCUCUUUUCAAUCUCUGUCCCUUUAGUUGGUCAAACUCUUCUACGCGACCCUCGCGUACUGAUGACGUGGCCCCCCCUACAAACAUGUUGUGUAGCCUACUUCCCUGUAGAGGGCAGAAACGAUGAACAUGCGCAGAAAGGUGGAUACAGAUGAACAUUUUAAGAUUGUAGAUUAGAUGUUUAAUCUGAUCAGCGAAAUGGUGAUACUUUACCAGACUGGUGUCUGAAUUGCAGUGGAUUGCUGGUUUCUGUGCAGCCCGCCGCCGCUUCCUCCCAUCUUUAGCCAAACAUACACACACCUGCCCCAGCAGCACAGAAGGACCAAGACGUGAUGUCACGUCUGCAGUCCCACACAUGCCAACGUGGUGAGAAGGGGUGCAGAGCGUGCUGGUGGCGAGCUGCAAACACUUCUUUUCUUCUUCUGUUGUUCUUGUUUAGUUUCCCACAUCCCUUUUUAAGGUUUGUUUUUAAAGAUUAUGAAAGGAAAGAUAGUUUGGAAAUAACAAUAGUUAUCCUGACACAUAGAAAAACAACUUCUGCUUGGACUUCUGUCAGACAGCUUCUAUGUGGAGGAGGAUUGAGUUUAUAUUUGUCUCUUUUUUAAUUUAUUUUUGUUUUCUUUAUUUGCAGGGUUCUUUAUUCUGGCUCUUGUUUUUAUGUAUUUUAAUUAUUAACUAAGUUAAAAGCAAUUUAAUAUUUCAACCUCUGCUGAUUAUAAUCUAAUAAAAGAAAAAUGCCAUUCUGA